GCCUCAGCCUCCUGGCGCGCACCCCCACACCCAGCCACGCAUUUUAAUUGCAACUUCCCCUUCAGCCCCCACCCACCCGCGCCUCCAUCCUCCGGAGCGCCCCGAGAACCCGGAAAUGGGCAGAACGGCACCACCGGGUGCGUGACGCACUUCCGGCUUGGCUUCUGUUUUGGUUUUCCUCAGCGCCGUGAGGGCCCUAGGCUGACUCCCGCGGGCAAGGUGAGCGGCUCCGGGGCGCGCGGCCGCGGGCAGGGUAUCUGCAGGGGACGUCCCUGGGCGCCCGCCGUGGGCGCGGUUCAGUGAGUCAGCUCUCCUCUCACCAGAAGGCAACCGUUGGAGGAAGUCAGCAGAUGCCAGAAAAAGUCCCGUUCGAUCCUGACCGCCCCAAAGCGCAGAUGGCGGUGAGGUCCGGGGUCGCCGCGCCGCUCCGGCCAGAGGAAAUUUUGAAGGUGAAAGUGGAGGAAGACUCACGCGAGGGGCUGGAGUCCGACCCGCCCGGGACUUGGACGGAUUCCGAAAGCUCUCGGGUGCAGUUCCGGCAGCUGCGCUACCACGAGGUGGCCGGACCCUCGGAGGCGCUGAGCCGGCUGCGGGAACUCUGUGGGCGGUGGCUGAGGCCCGAGCAGCGCUCCAAGGAGCAGAUCCUGGAGCUGGUGGUGCUGGAGCAGUUCCUGAGCAUCCUUCCUGGGGAGCUGCAAGUGUGGGUGCGGAGGCACUGCCCGGAGAGCGGGGAGGAGGCGGCCGCCCUAGCGCGGGCGCUGCAGGGAGCGCUGGCCCGGACCUCGCCGCAGGAUCUCACUAAGAUGCUAAAUUGCCCAGUGUGGACUGAAGUUUGCAGUCUCCUCCUCACCUUAGAGUGCUGGAUUUGCAGGUGUUUGCGGCCAAGCCCAGUUUCCUGUUGGACUUUGCAUAAGCGUCGUUUCUGUGACCUUAGAAGCUGUGUCUGUUACUUGGGAAAAGUGGGACCAUCUGGAUGCAGCUCAAAGGGAGUUCAGAAGAGAGAGCACACAGGAUUUCCGGAGCAAGAUUUGGAAACUAGAGCUGAGAACAAGGAAUUGAUUCUAAAGCAGCAAAUUUUCGAAGAGGUAAAGCCCCAGCCAUGGCUACAGAAAAUGUCCCAAGAAAAGGGGCCUCUGUUUUCUGAAAGUGACAUUAUCUAUGAGGACAGAGUAGAAAAGCAGCCAACAAAUUUCACUUCACUGAAACUCGAAAAUUCUGCUGAAGAGCAAGGACUCAACAGUGUCUCAGAUUUCAAUAUAAAUGGUUUCAUAGAAGGAGUCUCUAAAAGUAAUGAUUUUGCGAGCAGGGUCAGAAGUUCCAGGUUUAUCGCUGGUCAGCACAACCAGACUGUAUCAAGGCCCACUGAUAGUAAAGAACAUGGGAAGAAGGACAAGCAAAGUUUAGAUAAAAUGAACUAUCACAUAGUAAAACCUCACAACUCUGUUGAUAUUGGAGAUAAUGUCCCUUGCUCUGGCCUUUUUGAGACCCAGAGGCAGUUGUACAAAGAAAGACCUUAUAAAUGUGAUAUCUGUGAGAAGAGUUUCAAGCAGCGUUCAGAUCUCUUUAAACAUGAGAGAGUCCACACAGGUGAGAAACCCUAUGAAUGCCAAGAAUGUGGGAAAAGCUUCAGUCAGAGUGCUGCCCUCAUUAAACAUCAGAGGACACACACGGGUGAGAAGCCAUAUGUAUGCGUGCAGUGUGGGGAAUGCUUCAGACAGAGCUCACAUCUAAAUCGGCAUCAGAGAACACAUGCUGGAGAAAAAUACUGUAAGUGUGUGAAAUGUGAGGAGACCUGCCAUAAUUCCAGCCAUUUUCGGCAUCAGAGACUCCAUAAUGGGGAGCGACGCUAUAAAUGUGAGGAGUGUGAGAAGAGCUUCAAACAGAGUUCAGACCUCUUUAAGCACCAGAGAAUCCACACUGGGGAGAAGCCUUAUGGAUGUUCUUUAUGUGGGAAAAGCUUCAGUCAGAGUGCAACCCUCAUUAAACACCGAAGAACUCACACUGGAGAAAAACCAUAUAAAUGUCUGGAAUGUGGUAGAAGCUUUAGACAGAGCACACACCUUAUCCGACACCAAAGUGUCCAUAGAAAUAAAGGUCCAUGACUUUAA